AUGCUCUUCUCUUCUCUUCUCUUCUCCGAGAUGGCAGUUGACCACGCCGACAAGGAGAAUCUGCCGCCUUCAACCGCCGCCGUCGCCCGUCCUCAUGUCGUAGCUGUCAGGAGCUGCAAGCUGAAGCUGCUCGGGAGGGCGCAGUGGCGGGUGCCGCUCAGGGACAUCACCAACCUCUUCGUUGCCGGGUCUGCGGUUGCCGAGUGGCAGCAGGCCCUGCUCCAGCAGCCGCGGCACGAGGGGUCAGCGGCGGCGGAGCUGGCCGUGAAGAUUGGCCCUGCCGGUGGUGCGGCACUGAAGCCUGGCAGAUACUUGCUCCGGAAGGAGUUUAGAUAG